AUGCAUACUUAUAAUAAGAGUCUUUUAUUUCGGCAACUAAAAGGCAAUCAGAGAACUAACCAAAGAAAAAGAUUCUUUUAGCUGGGUAAUACAUAUUAAGUCAUCCAAGAUUAUGGUAUCAAAUAUCUCGCGAGUUCCCCAUACAUCUCCAAAGUUAUGGCUAAUGGGGUGAUACCAAUUAUAAGCAAGAAUCUUUUUUAAUAAUAAAUUGAAGAAUUUGAAGAUAAGUUAAAAUAAAAUGCCCUUGGAGAGUCUGGAGUUAUUGAGUAUAUGUAAUUUCUAACUAAGGCUUUUUACAGCCAGGAAGAACUUAUAAGAGAAAUAAAGUCAAUUAACUUUGACUUAGUACUAUGUGAAAUUUUCUUUGAGUCUCAGCUUAUAGUCAAUACUCUUUAAAUUCCUCUUUAUAUCAGGUUAUUUACUUCAAAUUUAGACAGUUCAAUGUAACUUAUGAUGAAAUAGCAACCUUAACAUUCGUCAUAGCUCCAUUCUAUGAGAGCUGUUAUUUUUGGAAUGGAAAAUUAUUCGGAUCUACAAUCUUUUACAACUAGUUUUUUCACUAGAUUGAGAAAUAGACUUGCUGAACAUAUCUUUUGCGGUCUCGGUUCUUAUUUAAUUCAUUAAAAAUUAUAUAAAGAGAUACCAGAGCAUCUUAGAUAAGAUGCUAUGACCUUCAGAGCGCCUGAUAUGAUCCUUUAUACAGGUUAUGAAGGUUUAUCACAGCCAAUGGCUCUGUCACCAAACUCAAGAAUAAUUCCUCCAUUGACUGAGAAUGAAUCUGAGACUUAGACGAUUUCUUAAGAUCUCUAAGAUUUCAUGGAAAAUCACUAAAAGCUGAUUCUUGUCUCCUUUGGUACUGGCCUUAGCCCCAAAAGUGAUACUCUAAAAGCUCUCUCUAUUUACAUGCAAAAAUAAACUGAUUAUGGAUUUAUAUACUCAGCUACUAAUCAGUAAUACCUUGAAAAGGACACAUUAGAAAGAAUUAAGAGCCUUAAUAAUGUUUAUUUAGCUAAAUGGAUCCCACAAAUUUAAAUCCUAAAUAAUCCAAAGGUUAAGAUAUUCUUUAAUCAUGGCGGCUAGUCGAGCUUAAAAGAGUCAAUUGAAGCUGAAAAGCCUUUGCUAAUAAUUCCAACUUUAGCUGUAGAUCAGCCUUUUACAUGCGAAUAUGUUUAAGCUUAGAGGCUUGGUGCAUGUCUAUAUUAUCCUGAUGUAGAUCAUUUUGAUAAGUAAAUAAAACAUAUUGAGGAAAACAAUGGCUUCAGUGACAGACUUAUGAUUCUCAAGAAAAUGAUUGAUAAAAAGAAGUAGCAAGGAUUGGGAUUGCUUUACUGGAUUGACUAUUUGCUGGAAAUUGGAACGAGCGAGUUCAUUUCAGCAAAACAAUAUUAAUCGUUCAAUUAUCUUCAACUAUAUGAUGUGGAUGUGAACAUCGCUAUCGAUCUUAUACUAAUUGCAAUGAUAGCAUCUGUUAUUGCAAUUCUAGUUAAGAUCUAUAGACUUAUUACUUGCAAGAAAGGUAAAAAUGAGAGUAAAAGUACUAAGAUAGAUUGA